CUCGACUCCAUGUGGAUGGCAUUAACGUAUAGAAAAUCUUCAAAUUUCCCUCAAAUCUGAUUAUUUUAUUUCUUAAUAAUAAAAAAGCCUCCAUUUCUGUUUUCCACUACCACUAUAUUAUAACAAGCUCCCAAAAUUUUCGCCAGAAAAACAGAACACUCUUAAGCUCCUUUUUUUUUUUUUAAAAAAAAUGGCGGAUUCCAAAGUUCAGAAAAGGGUUCUCUUGCUAUGCGGUGAUUUCAUGGAAGAUUAUGAGGUGAUGGUGCCAUUUCAGGCACUUUUAGCUUAUGGUGUGGCGGUUGAUGCCGUUUGCCCUGAUAAAAAAGCUGGGGAUGUUUGCCGCACCGCUAUUCACCAACUUUCUGCUCAUCAGACUUACUCUGAAACACGAGGACACAACUUCACCCUGAACGCAACCUUUAAUGAAAUUGAUGCUAGCAUAUAUGAUGGGUUGGUCAUUCCAGGGGGAAGGGCCCCUGAAUAUCUUGCAAUGAAUGGAUCUGUUCUGGAUAUGGUUCGCAAGUUUUCAUCAUCUGGGAAGCCUAUUGCAUCUGUAUGUCAUGGGCAGUUGAUCUUGGCUGCUGCUGACUGUGUCAAAGGUCGUAAAUGUACAGCAUAUCUUUCUGUAAAGCCUGUACUUAUUGCAUCCGGUGCUCAUUGGGUAGAACCUGCGGACAUGGGAGCUUGUGUAGUCGAUGGAAAUCUGAUAACAGGGGCUACCUAUAUUGGACAUCCUGAGUUCAUUCAACUGUUUGUCAAAGCACUAGGAGGCAUUGUAAGUGGGUCAGGAAAAAAAAUCCUGUUCCUUUGUGGGGAUUACAUGGAAGACUAUGAAGUUAUGGUCCCAUUCCAGUCCCUUCAAGCUCUAGGGUGCCAUGUUGAUGCCGUGUGUCCUAAGAAGCAGCAAGGGGACACUUGCCCAACCGCUGUGCAUGAUUUCGAAGGUGAUCAGACGUACAGUGAAAAGCCUGGCCAUGAUUUUACGCUGACAGCCACCUUUGAUGGUAUAGAUGCCUCAAGUUAUGAUGGUCUUGUGAUUCCUGGAGGCCGAGCACCAGAGUACCUUGCUUUAGAUGAGAGUGUUCUUUCUGUGGUGAAGAGCUUUAUGGAGGCUGGAAAACCUGUUGCAUCCAUUUGCCACGGCCAACAAAUUUUGUCUGCAGCUGGUGUCCUCAAGGGGAGGAAAUGUACUGCAUACCCUGCUGUGAAGCUCGAUGUGGUAUUAGCAGGGGCAACUUGGUUGGAACCUGAACCAAUAAACCGUUGUUUCACAGAUGGAAACUUGGUUACAGGAGCUGCAUGGCCAGGUCAUCCUGAAUUCGUCUCACAGUUCAUGGCACUUCUGGGUAUUCAUGUAUCAUUCUGAACAAUUUUAUGAUUCCAAGCUGUUUGUAUCAUCUGUUGUGCGAGUAAUAGUAAAGCUGGGUUGAAUAAUAUCUGAAUUUGUUUCUGAGAUGUUAUGGUUGAUGUAAUAUCUGUGUAAGCUAGUUAAUCUUUA